ACGAUAUGCCAACAACAAACCAUUUUAGGACAUUUUCAAUAUUUUUAAGACAUUAUCAAUUCCGAGUAAGUCCGACCACUACAAUAACAUAUUAGUAUAGGCCUUCGAAUACUGUGGCGCUCUUGAUGGAUUCUAUUUCAACUUAAGCUUUAAAGGCUGUCGUCAAUUAAAGUGCGUAUUUUUUUUCUUACAAGACGAGUGUUAUCACUUUUAUCACCUUAUCUUUUCUACAUCGUGAGUAGUGAUUAGUCUUAAAUACCUGAUGAAAAUAAUGUAAUCCUCGUAAACUUGUUUUAUUAUAUUAUUUACAAAUCGCGUUUUCAUAAUAUUAACAACUUAAGCUUAGAUUCAUAACAGCACAUUAAAUAGGAAUUUAAUAAUAUGCAUUGAGGAUGGAGCGGUAGUUGCCGUUUAUUCAUACUUUGUUGUCUCGACGAGUUCCUCACAUACUAUUUAGUACAAUCGUCUAUUAAUUGUUAUAAAAGAUUAUACAUUAAUUGCUGUGGUACUUUAUCAGGCAACAUGGUAAAUGUGCAGUUCUUAGGAAAUGAAAAUUGAGAAUCAACAUUUGUGAUUAAUAACUGGUUUAAUUUAUAAAUAACUUAUAUCAAGAUCUAUUCAGAAUCAGAAUCUAUAAUUCUUUUAUGAUAAAAAAAAAUUCUUAAACAAAACAAUUAUAAAUCAAAUUGUUAUACCAAACCCACCAUGUUUACACUAGCUAAAUUAGCGUAUUAUUCAUGCGACGAAAGUCAGAGACACUGGUAUAACACUGUCCCCAAGAAUUGUAUCAAAAUCAAUAUUAAAAGUUGUUGUGACGAUCUUAUUAAAAUAACCAAGGGGACAAAAUAUAUCAAUAGAUUAAAUACUUUAGUAUGUGCCAGUGCCGCAAAACAUGGACAUUUGGACUGUUUGAAAUAUGCUCGUCUGAUGGAAUUUUCUUGGGACACUAGGACAUGUUCUACUGCGGCCAGAAAUGGGCAUUUGGAUUGUUUAAUAUAUUCUCAUGAGAACGGCUGCCCCUGGAACAAACACACAUGUUCCAAUGCUGCCCAUAAUGGUCAUAUAAAUUGUUUGAAAUAUGCACAUGAAAACAAUUGUCCGUGGAACUUAAGUACAACAGACUGUGCUGCAAAAGGUGGAAAUUUAGAGUGUUUAAAAUAUGCUCACAGACAUGGGUGUCCAUGGGACGAAAGAGCAUGUAUGCUAGCAGCUUCUAAUGGACAUUUGGAAUGCUUAAAGUAUUGUUUUGAAAACGGAUGUUUGUGGGACGAAGACACUUGUACAUGGUCAGCAUAUAAUGGACAAUUAAAGUGUUUGAAAUAUGCACAUGAGAACGGUUGCGCAUGGGACACUAAUACCUGUGCUAAAGCUGCAUCGGGUGGACAAUUAAAGUGUUUGAAAUAUGCUUUUGAAAAUGGUUGCGAAUGGGAUAUAAGUACAAGCUACAAAGCUGCAGAGAGAGGACAUUUGGGUUGUUUGAAGUAUGCUCAUAAAAAUGGUUGUCCGUGGAAUGAACAUAUCACCUAUAUUGCUGCAGCCAGAGGAAACCUAAGCUGCUUACAAUACGCUCAUGAAAAUGGAUGCCGAUGGAAUGAAUCAACGUGUGCAGCAUCUGUCAAAAAUAAAAAUUUCGACUGUUUAAAAUAUGCUCGUCAGAACGGUUGCCCGUGGGAUAAGGCGACACGUACACAUGUACUCAAUGAUAAAAAAUUAAAAAAAAAAACAAAAGAUAUUCUUUGUAAAGGGCUUGUUAUAGACCCUAAUAUAGAGGGAUAAGAUUACUCAUUAGGUAGUUUUUAUGUUAUUGUGAUCUGUGGUCAAUAAAAUUAUAAGUAUAAUUCUACAUCACAACUGUUUUAGUAAUUAAUUUAAAAAGCCAUAGGGCAUAUUUACAAUUCCUCUAUAAAUAUUCAAACUUAAUUUUUUUUUUUAAUAUAAUUAAGAUUGCUAAAAUUAACUUAAUAUUAAUAUUUCUAGUAUAAUUUUUUAACUAUAUUUAUAUUCAAUAAAAUAAUCAUUCUAUUAAUUUAAAAAAAAAGAGUUAUAGGUUAAAUCAUUUAAGGCGCAUCGACUGAAGUUAUUUAGUAUUUAUAAUAUGAUAAGAUUCAAUAAAGUAGAAUAUUGUAUGAGCCUAGUAACUUUUUCUUACGACAUAUUUACAUGCAAUAUUAAAAAUAAGUUUAUUCUCCCUGCUAUUCAAUACCAUUAUUCUCUUGAAAAACAUUGUUUUUAUAAAUUGGUAAUUGCUUUUUGUACUGUACAUCGUAAAUUUUUUUUAAGUACAUCACCAAAGCCAUUCUUCAAAUAAUUUAGUAUAGUAUUUCAUUAAUGUUGUCAUUUUUCUAUAUAUAUAUAUAUAUAUAUAUUACUCUAUUUUUAAAUUUAGUUUCAUCUAUUUUAUAUAAUUAAAUAAAUAUUUUAUAGCAAUGUAAGUGUAUCAAAUAAGUAAAUGUUUUUGUAAUAUAUCAUUGAGUAUUGAUCUAUUUUGUAUAUAUAGAGUACUAUAUUCUAUACUCAAUAAUAAUAUUUAUGACAUAUAUCUAUAACAUGAUUAAAAAAUGUGUUUAAAAUUAAAUAGUUAAGUUAUUUUUAGAUAUUGCAAUACUACUAUUAUAAUGUACUAUUAUUAACUAUUGUCGUACUGAAUUGUAUUAUAUUGAUUGUAAAUUUGAAGUAUUUGAAUAAAGUUAUUGAUAUAAAUA